CUCCCUCGCCGUCGCCGCGCCGGCGAUGGACCGUCCCGCCGCCCCCGCCUCCCUCUCGUCUCAGGACUGGGAGCAGCUCAUCGACGACUUCUCCACCCCGCGCCGCCACCGAUGGCUCCACCUCCCCCUCCUCGACCUCGCCCUCUCCUCCCUCCCGCGCCGCGACCUCCCCUCCCACCUCAGGCCGCUCCUCCUCUCCUUCCUCGACGACCACCUCCUCCCGCCCUCCCCCUCCCACCUCCCGCUCUUCCUCGCCUCCCUCCUCUCCUUCCCCUCCGACCACCCGCUCCGCGACCACCUCCUCGUCACCGUUACAUCCGCCUUCGCCUCCGCGCUCUCCGCCCCCAUCUCCGCCGACCACCUCGACCCCCUCUCCGGGAUCGUCAACGCACUGCUCGCCUCCGCCAACCGCCCCAACCACGCUCCCGACCGCGCCGCCCGCGCCCUCGCCUGCGACGCCCUGCGCGCGCUCGACGCCGCGCUCCCGGGCCUCCUCGCCGACGUCCUCGGCCACGUCUACGCUCUCGCCGCCGCCGAGCGCUCGCCGGCCGCGCAGUCCUAUCUCCUCCUCCUCGCCUCCGCCGCCCGCCACGUCGUUCGCCUCGGGAGGCUCAGCUCCGCCACCUCCAUCCUGGCGGUGUCCGGACCGCCCACCCCUUUCUCUGUGCCCGGGCACCUCCUCUCGCCUGCGCCCGCUCCUGCCGAUCCCCUGCCUCCUUCGGAGGCGAAUUUGAGGGACAUAAGGAAGGUGCUCGCUUUGAUCAUGGAGAGGCCACAGGUCCUCACGCCUGCAGCCGCCAUGGAGAUGGCGGCCAUCCUUGCAGAGGUGUCUACAGCUGUUGUGGGGUGGGCGCCGGCGAUCGCAGCGCACGUCAAGGUGCAGUUUGGCGGGAUGGCACAUUCGUCCAGCCUCAUGCUUCUGCACUCGGUGCUCACGCUGUUCGUCCAGUUUCCAGAUGCAUUUGGGGCUGAAGAUGAGCGUAAAAUGGCACGCCGUCUAGCUUUGGCUGCUCGUGAGGCACACCGGCCGCUUCCAGCACGGUUGCUCGCGUUGCAUUGGCUUCUUGGGUCUGAAAAGUUUAGAUUUGCAGUGCCUGGCCUUUCUAGAUGGUUUUAUCCUGGUGUGUUCGACCCGCUUGCUGUCAAGGCCAAGAAGCUAGAUUGUCUAGCUCUUGUUUCUGUUGGGAUUGAUGGCGAGAAGACUGAAGGUGCCAGAGAUGUGAACCAGCCAAUUGGGCUCGUCGAUGAUGGAUUGGCUUGCGUUGCAGCCUUCAGGUGGCUCCCAGGAUGGAGCACUGAGACUGGUGUGGCGUUCCGGGCGCUACAUGAGGUCUUGAUUGCUGCUGCUCCUCACAGUCUUGAUGGCUCAGGUUGCUCCGGAGCUGGUGAGCUCCUGAAUUCUACUAUCUUCCACCAUUUACAGGCUAUGCUGGUUGAUAUGACAUCAGAACAUCGAGGUUUAGUCCCAGUAAUUGCUGAUUUCAUCAACCGUCUUCUAGCAUGCAACACGCAUCGGUGGGCAGGGGAGCAAUUGCUGCGAACACUUGAUGAGAAUCUGCUUCCGAGGCUUGAACCAGGCUACCAACUGGCAUCGUACUACCCGCUCUUUGAGAAGAUCGCGGAGAAUGAGACAGUUCCUCAGCUCCGCCUAAUAGAGUUGCUCACCAAGCAGAUGGUUUCACUUGCCAAGAAGCAUGAUCCAGAGACAGAACUGAAAACAUGGUCUCAGGGCAGCAAGGUAGUGGGCAUUUGUCGUGUUAUGCUGAAGCACCAUCACAGCUCUUCCAUCUUUGUUCCACUCUCACGCCUACUUGUUCUCACUAUCAAGUCCUACCCAGAUCUGGAGGUCCGGGACCAUGCAAGGAUAUAUUUGCGAAUGCUGUCUUGCAUUCCUGGAAAGAAGCUGAGGCAUCUCAUGGGAAUCGGAGAGCAACCUGCAGGUGUUACACCCUCUCAUCCAGGUCCUUUGUUUGAUGUCCCAUCGCCACGUCCUUCUCAAGAUCUUAAGAGCAUGCCUGGCUUAACGUCUUACAUUCAUCUCGAAAGAGUUGUGCCUCUGGUUGUGAAGCAGUCUUGGGCCCUUACAUUGCCUAACUUCAGCAUCCAGAGCAGAGCAUCUGGUCACAUUCUAAGUAUACAGGAUGUAAGCUCAACUCCUCCGGAGCAAGAAAAGACACCCCAACCUACCAUCGAGAGAAUUGGCUACACACCAGAAGCGUUGCGUGUGAUGGAUUCUAAGGGUGCUGAAACACUGGAAAUCCUUAGGAGGCACUUUGCAUGCAUUCCUGAUUACCUCCACUCAUCUGGUCUCAAAAUAAGAAUACCUUGCACAUUUAGGUUUGAUUCAGAGCCAUUUAACCAUGCUUGGGGAUCUGAUUCAGCAGUUCCAGGUUCUGAAGGGGUUGAUGGGUUGCCGGCCCUUUAUGCAGUGACAAUUAAUUUUUCAUCGAGUGCACAGUUUGGGAAAAUCCCUUCAUGUCAUGUACCUUUCCUUCUAGGUGAACCUCCAGGGUCUGGUAUGGACAUUGUGCCCUUAGAUAAUGGCCACCAGUUAGAGUCAAGUUAUUGUGCUUCAGUAGUGAUUGAAUUAGAGCCUCGAGAACCAUCACCUGGUCUUAUUGAUGUUGUCAUCACUGCCAACACGGAGGAUUGCCAAGUCAUAUCUGGGUCCAUUCAACCCAUUACAGUUGGCAUCGAGGACAUGUUUCUGAAGGCCAGUGUACCUCACGAUAUUCUGAAAGAGGAUGUAGCUGAGUAUUACCAGGAUCUGUUCCAUGCUUUAUGGGAGGCCUGCAACAGUUGUUCGAGCACAGGUCGGGAGACCUUCUCUUUGGCAGGAGGGAAAGGGUCUGCUGCGAUUAAUGGAACACGGUCUGUCAAACUUCUUGAGGUGACUCCAAAGGUUUUGAUUAGAGCUAUUGAAAGAUACCUGGCUCCCUUUGUUGUCAGUGUUGCUGGAGAUUCACUUGUUACCAUUCUAAGAGGCAAUGCUAUUAUUAAGAACAUCGUGUGGGAGGAAAGUGAAUCAGCUACUACUGUUGGUGCAGAUGCGUUGGUUCCAUACUCAGUGGACACAAACCUUUCGCUUCGGCGUAGUGACGAAGAUGAAUUUGAGGUUGGAGCAGAGACUUAUGCCCAUCUAAGCAAGAGGGAUAUGGGCAUUGUGCGUGUCCUAAUAUUUCUACCACCAAGGUAUCAUCUCCUCUUUUCGAUGGAAGUAGGCUAUGCCUCCACAUUGGUUAGGAUAAGAACCGAUCAUUGGCCAUGUUUGGCAUACGUCGAUGAAUACUUGGAAGCAUUGCUCUAACAGGGAGGAUUUCUCUGGCCAAGAGUCUCAGUUUUGUACCUUAUGUAACACUAAUGAGUAUACAGCGGGAUCUUUUUUUAUAUCCUUUUAAUUCUUUUGUACCAUCAAGAAUGGGACAUCAUUCUUUUUGUGGAAUCGGUGCCAGGAAGUGUAACUUCGAGGAGAGGUCAAUUUUGUUCAUUGAUAUCAUUAAGAAAUAUGGUUAUACACCGAAAUUAAGUUUCCAUUG